UCCUUUCGUUUUUUUAACAAGUCUUCCUUGCCAAUCCUUGGCGAUUAUUAUGAAGCCAACUGUGCCAAGAAUCAAGAUUCUCCUCCUAGUGUUUGGUAGAAAAGAUUGACAACUAGAGAAAAGAAGACUUUUGUGUCCAUUGACAACUGGAAUAAGCAAAAGGCCAAAGUUCUCCAUUUGGAAAACGCCAUCGAAAGUUGAAGAAAAAGUAAUAUAUAAUAAUCGAGGAAUAACAAGAACAAUUAGAAGAAGAGUCAAAUAAUGUAAAGUUAAAAUGAUUUCGUUUUUCUCGAGGAUUACCCAUUUUCACCAUGUUUUACUCUUCUUAUGCUCCUAUAAAUUUAAGCACAUGUUUCAAAUGAUCGAGCAACAGAUUAUAGGAAAAUACGGGCAAUGCCAUUUUGGCCUUAAUCAUCUCUCUUCAACGAUGGCUGAAAAAUAUGCCUUCUUAAUAAGGUAUAUUUUUAGGAGUGAUUUUGUGCGUGUUUUCUCCUCUUUCUGCUUUGAUUUCAUGGAGUUUUUAAGUGUCAAUAUCAGGGACGAAAGUUCGUGGAGUUCAAAUUUUUUAAAUAGAUGCUGACUAUUUGAAGUCUUUGGUGAAGUUGACGAGUAAAAUGAAGUUUUUCUUGCUUUUGACUUGAUUUUUUCCAAGCACCUCCCUCUCUGACCAUUUCUUUCUCCUAAUAUUUCUAACUGUACACAGAAACAAAGAAGAAGAAGAAAUCAAAACCCGAUUCUAGUUUCUCGUUUCAUCAUUUUUCUUUUCCUCCUUAUGGAGAUUCUGAGAUGGAAACCACAGGAUGCAUUGGUGGUGAAGGCACCUAAAAGGAAUCCACUGAUAUUAAGAAUGGUGGUCUUACUUUUUGCCAUGGUUUGUGGACUGUACAUUUUUUCAUUCUGUAUAAAUCAGACAAAUAGAGACAAUAAUCCUCUGAAAAUUCAAGUGAUUGACCGAAGAAGAAACUGGCAUUGUAGAACUGCUCAAAUACAAGAAUGGGACAUUCCUUAUGUACAUUUCCCAGAACCUCAAACCUUUAGCAGGCAGGAAUGUUCUUGCAAUCCAGUUCGGUUCUUCGUGAUCGUGUCUAUGCAGAGAUCCGGAAGUGGAUGGUUUGAAACGUUGUUGAAUAGCCAUAUAAAUUUAAGCUCUAAUGGUGAAAUUAUGGGGGCCCAAGACAGAAGGAGAAAUGUUUCUGCAAUUUUAAAGACACUGGACCAAGUUUACAAUCUUGAUUGGCUGAGCAGUGCAUCCAAGAAUGAGUGCACUGCUGCUGUUGGAUUCAAAUGGAUGCUAAAUCAGGGAUUGAUGGCGCAUCACGAAGCAAUAACAGACUACUUCAACAGAAGAGGUGUCUAUGUAAUAUUUCUCUUCAGAAGGAACCUUCUUCGAAGAUUGGUUUCC